AUGCGAUUUACGUGUAAUGGUCUAGAAUCCAAAAACCUGAAAGUCUGGCAUGAAAGAUUGAGUAUUGCAAGUAUUCAUGAGAUAACUGGGUUAUGCGAGGCACUACGGUUUAGCGAUAGACUCACCAGUUUAGCCCAUAACAGCAGUCUUCUAGGAUAUUUUUGUCCUGCCAUGCCAUCCAUUGGAGUUGGUUGA